ACUUUUAUUUUCUGUAAACACGAGUCAAAGCGAGCAAACUCUUGGAGAGGCUGUUUCAUCUCAACGAGAAACCGCUGGAUCAAGAUCUGAGGACUUUCUCUGAGGACUUUCUCUGAUAUUUUCCUUCUGAGUUCUUCACUGUUUCGGUUUCAAGAGAACUUUCUAUGGGGGAAAAUCUCCCCAGGGUGCCAGGAGGAGCCCGGCUCCGCUGUGACACUUUGGGUAGACCAGUGCAGACCCUCAGGGUUAAGAUGGUCCUUCUGGGAGGCUCUGGUGUGGGAAAGUCCACUCUGGCUCAGAGGUUUGUCAAGGAUGAAUUCAGGAUGACAACGCCUACUGUUGGCUGUGAGUUCAUGACACCUGGAGCUGUGAUCAGAUUUGUAGUUUGACAUUUGAUUGUGUUUAUUUGAUUUAUCUCUGAAAGUUAGAUAUGAGAAAAUCUAUAGAUGAAAUCACUGUGACGCUAAACCAAACGAGUCUCUUUCAGGGGAUUUCCACCUGGAAGUGAGUUUGUUUAAAGACUGCCGUUGUCGAGUCUGUUGCUGUAAUAUGAAGCCACUAAGCUCAAGCACAAACAGUGAAUGCUGAAAAGCUUGUGUACCUCUGCUCAAAAGUAGGUCAUAUCACAAACUCUUAAAGUGCAUCUCCUCAGAAAUCAACAUUUGCAUUUAUCAUUAAAGCCUUUAAAAAUGCACCACGACACGAAACCUUUCAAGUCUUUAAAUCACCUAAACAAGCUUUUAAUUUAAUAAGAAAAACAUGGUAAAACUGUUAAAAUGUUGUGUUGCUUUUUCUUGGCCAUGCUAUUUUCAUCAGAGAGGAACUGAAUGUUUGUGGGAAGUAAACCACAGCGAUGCCCACUUUAGAGUAGCGAUGCAGAAGUGCCAACCACGAGUUUCUUUAGUGCAGAAAAGUAAACUAACUGGGAAUGUACCUUUGUUUUCCUCUGAAUUGAACAGAAAUAGCCACACUCUAAGGCCUACUCUUUGUGUGUGAAAGUAUGUUUUUUUUACUCGGUACGUCACUUCCAGGGACCAUCACUGUGGGGUGUAGUUUUGGGAUGUUUAGUGGGUUUUUUAAAUCUCAUCAGAUUUGUAGUCAGACAAUGGGUUGUGGUGAGGUCUGAUAAUUUUCUGUUGAUAUCGCUAUAGUGUGAAUGAUUAAAAUAAAAUGGACUGUACCCUUAGAUUAGAUAUGACUCACUGUUAGGUUGAUAAAAAAAAUCAACAGAAUGAUAAUACUGCAACUAUAAUAUAAUAACCACAACACAGGAGCUGAAAUGAAGAGCUUCAUGCUGCAGAGUCCUGACCCUUUGACCUCUACCUUAUGAUCAUGACAGUACUCUUUCUAAACUCUAAAUCCCGUCUUCUUGUCUUUCUCAUUAGGUGCCUACCUGACCCGGGUGGUCCACCUCAGUAACGUCUCUCUUCGCUUUGAGAUCUGGGACACAGCCGGGCAGGAGAAGUACCACAGCGUCACCCCGCUCUACUACAGAGGAGCUCACGCUGCACUCCUGGUCUAUGAUAUCAGUAAAAGGGUAAAAGAAACAGACACUCCAAGUUCAGAUUCACGGGUUAUGUGCUUUACUCAUCGUGUUUUUGCCUCUCUGCAGGAAACCUUCAUCAGAGCUCAAGUGUGGCUCAAAGAGCUCGAGAAACACUACAUCGAAGGAUCUACUGUUGUGUGGCUGGUGGGCAACAAGGGAGACCUGGAAGAGGACCGACAAGUCUCAGUACAGGUGCAGGGUUUAAUGGUUUGGUCAUGCUGUUUUUGCGUCUACAACAUCGCCUGACACAGACUUUAACAUCACGCACUGACGACUGCAACUCCUUACUGGCAGGCCUCCUUGCAUGCACAUUCAAACCUCUGCAGAUUACCCAGAAUGCAGCAGCAGUAUUUCUGGGUCUUCAACCAACCUAAAACUAUCUUCAGUCGCAGUACUCCUUAAAUUCAAAAGCCCGUUUCUUCCUAAUCCAGGUCUCUUCAUUUCAUCCUACAGGAAGGUCAGGGUCUGGCCAAUGACAGAGGUUUAUUCUUCAUCGAGACAUCAGCUCUGUCAGGAGAUCAAGUCAGCAACCUGCUGAUAGAUGUUGGUGAGUGAAGAUGUUUUUAAAAAGGCUUUAUAGGAGUGAUGGGCAAUUCUUUUAGAUGUACUGAAUCACCAGAAUCAGUUCACUAAAAAGAUUUGUUCGAAAGAUUUGUUCACCGAAUCGAGGAGCCAGAGAGUCCGACUUCCUGAACUGAUACACAGCUGAACGGUUCAGGAUUCAGUUCAGAUCAUAGCUUCUUGUUUAUAAAUCAUGAGGUUUUAAGUGUACUCUCCAAUGAUUUAUCUACUCGGUAAAUUGGGCUCAGUGAGUGAUUCAUUCACUGAACAUUUACCCCACAGUACAUUCAGUAAAAAACUCACACUGAACAUCUCCCUCCAUCACUCCUACCAAGAGCUCGCUACAGCUGUUGAGUCUCACUCUCUUCUCAUUACUGCCAGCCCAAUGUUCUAAGUUUGUUUAAUUGAAAACUAAAUCUGUUGAAACAACGGGGAUUCAUUCACUGAGUUAUUUAGGCGUUGGCACGUGUGGUCUCUUGCUCACUGCUCAAAAUGAGAAAUGAAUGAAUCACUUUAGGAAGUGAUUCGGUUCAGCACGUUCUCUUAAAAGAUUCGGUUCUUUUGAACGAAUCAUUUGUAAACGACCCAACACUACUUUAUAGGAAGACUUCAGCCACCAUAGCUUCUUCUGCACUAAUAAUUCCUGUUAAAGAUGCUGUAAUGACGUGCACAACUAGAAACAAAGGUCCACUGUCCUCCUCCACUAGAGAGCAGUACAUGCUAACAUGAGGAGCAGAUGUGUUUGAUCACUCAUGAUUGAAAUACAGUCGUUGGAUUGUCUGACUGUGUUUGAAUACUGUGAAUGUUUUGAGUAACACAGCUGUGAUUCAGCCCACAGGGUGUAUGAGUGUACUGGAGCGCAGCAGGGAGGACUCUCAGAGUGGCAGGAGGCUCCACUGGGGGAUCUGCAUCAUAGAGACACAUCCAGCCUGAUGACUUCCUGCUGUAAAGUUGGACCCUAAUGUGACUGUCUUUGCUCCACUUUUUGUCACCUUCAUUUCAAAGCUGCAGCAGACUAAACUCAUCGUAGUAUUUAGUAUAUGAACUGAACUUAAAUGAUCUCAAAUGUUCUCUGAGUUUAUUACCUUAUCUUGUGUGUCUUUUUAACUCUGGACUUAACUUGAUUUUUUGCUAUUUGGAGAGGUUUUAUUCUCUACCAGCAAUAAGCUAAAGGCUUUUUAUUUUCAUCUAUGCAGGAGGAUCAGUCCGAGGGUCCGCAAGUUUUUUUUUUUUCUUAUGUAGCGUUCCCAUAAGUUUGACUGAUUUUAGUCAUCGAGAGAAGAAUAAAGCCCCUCAGCGUCUGUAUCUCCUGUCUUGCUUUUAUAAGAUAGUGGUCACUCCAAGCGGGGAUCCCUCAAGCAGAGUUGAUUUAAAAGUGGUUUUCGAUUUUAUUUUACACAAUAAAGACCCAUUCAAGGCCUGUAAAAAUGAUAAUAAAGGGAAACAAGCAUUUUAUUGCCCAA